AUGAAAGCCAUCUUUCAGUGCACGACCUGUGAGCUGCAGCUGCAUGACAGAAAAGUGUGAAAACCAGAAAAGCCUUUCCUGCCUCAUAUACUUUCACACACUCUACUGCUACAGCCCGCUGCACCCUUGGCCACUCGUCACACAUGAUGGGUGCCUGCCUCUGAGGUAACAUGGAGAGCGAGGGGAUGUCGGUGCAGUCUAUUUACUACGGGAGAAUUGGAAGCGAGGCCACCGAGACGCUGCUGGAGACGUUUGGACGUGAGGGCAGCUUUCUGCUGAGGGACAGUGAGACUGUGCAGGGGGCCUACUGUCUGUGUGUGAGGAAAGCUCCGUUUGUGCACACUUACAGGCUUGUGCACUCUGCUGACGGCUGGUGUCUUCAGGCUUCAGGGGUCAGACUGCACAAUUUUAGGACUCUGGAAACACUGAUAGAGAGCUACAGACGGGUUGCGGCCUUCCAUGACAGUUUACCCUCACUCACAGAGCCGCUAGACAAAACAAGGCUACAACACAUGAGCCCCGGACAAGAGUUUGUCUACAUGGAAACAUGUGGCAGCAGCUCUGUCACCUGAGGCCGGGGCCCUCAGCCUGCGAGGAGAAACCCACUGAUCAGCCAGACGGCCAACAGCAGGGCUCUGUGUGCACUGACCGUAAUAUCGCUUCAUGUUUAAUUUUCUCACUUUUUAUGUCACUUUGGUACCCGUAAGGAAGUAAGUGCAGACUGUGUGUGUGUGUUACUUGGUAUGAUUAUGAGAAAGAGCAACAAUUCUGGGAACUGAGAAAAAUAAAUGCUGUGCAAAUAUACCAAACACUGUCCCUUGCUGCGGUUUCAUUACAACAGACAUCACUGUUGCCUUUUAUGUGUGUGAGAGGCUGCGUUCACUUGUCGUCUGUGGUGCCCUGCGUCACAGAACUAAGGAUAGUUCACCUACUUGUGGUCAUGUGUUAUAGUCUUUUUUAUCACAAUCACACAGACGGUGCCGAUGUGCUUUGUUGCUGUUUAGUAUCAGCCUGGGGAAGUUACACUCCAGUCACACUCGCGUACAGUAAUCAGUGUGAUCAGUGUGAUGUCUGUGGUUUGGCUGCCAAUCUUUUAUCCGCUCUGAAGCCACUGUCACAGCACAGGAAACACAGCGAUGCAGGCAAGGCAUAUCAGAAAAUCUAUUGUGGGUGCACUCAUUUCACCGCAUGACUUUUUCUCAUAUUCUUUUAUGCAGCACGAGGCUCUCCUCAGUCGCCAGCAGUGCCCAACCUACAACCUGGUUUUCAGGCCGGACAACAUAACCCUUCUUUCACUGAUCUCAACCUGGCGUCGAAUGCAAAUGAAUGAAACGCAGCUUCUCUUUAGGGUUAAGCAGUGUUAUGGCUAGUCCGUCAAACUGAAACACAGCGUUUCUUCUUUUCGCGGCACUUCCUUCCCACAGCCAUGCUGUGAACAGCAAUAAGGAAUCUAAACAGCUUAAGUUAGCAGUUUGUUGUUUCCCUGAUGAUAUGCUGUCCUCCAACUGUUUAGGGUAUGAGUCUGACAGGAGGAUUGUUCUUAUGCAUUGCACCUUUAGCUGCAUUAUAUUUAACUGAGCUAGCUGUGGUGAUCUGGUCAAGUCAAAACCUCUGCUUGUGAAAAGGGUCUAUAAGCCCGGACAUCAGAUUGAUCUUCUGAUGGUGUGGUCGCUCUGGGUCUGCCUGAUCGUGCUUUGGAAACAACUGAUUCAGUUUCCGUAAAGCCCCCUCCUUUAACCUUUAGUGUAGUCAUGAUAUGAUGCUGAGAAAGCCCCUCUUUGCUUAAAGUAACAACGUGACCACUGACACCCUCGCUCGAUUCUGAUACCAUGUGUCCUUCUACGCCAGGCAACGCUACUUAGUGAGCCCUUCUUGAUAUGGGCUGCAAGUGAACAAGCCUCUGACGAUGAGUGUCAUCUUAAUUCACGCUUCAAUGGAAGAGGUACGGUUCAAGGGAAACGGACCUUUUGGACGACAGUUAAACAACCUAUAAAUAAUGCAGGAUUUUAUUAACAUGCCAUGUCAUGACAUUACUGUGUUUUAAAAUGCUUGGUAACUUUGGUUUGUGUAUAAAUAUUAAAGACUUUUGGACUUCACUGUGUAACAGCCUGUAUACGUUUGCUAAAAUCUCUUCUGCAGUACAACUCUGAUCACUACAUGUCCAGUGAGAUGAAAAAAAAAACAAAAAAAAACCAGAGAGCUGAAGUUUGAUCACUUGAUUUCUUUCUUUUGACUUUAACUGUUAGAUCUGAGUGUAAACCUGUUCAGGGAUAAUAACAUAUUGGAAUAUAAUAUAAGAUGAGAUGAUUGAUUCCACUGUCAUAUCGGUAAAUUUCAUAUAAGGCAACAACCAGCAACCACUCAGCCUAUUUUAGCAUAAAGACAGGAAAAGGGUGUAAAAGGCGCAUUUUGGCUCGGCACUGCUAAA